GUUAAGAUGUACUUUCCACAACAUGGCCCUGUCUGCCAAGUCACAUUUAGUCUCUGCACUCACAGAAUAGUACCUGGGGAUUUGGCUCUUUUCAUUAGCUGGUAAGUGAAGUUUUUGUUUUCGUAAAACCAAAUAAAACCUAGAAUACAAUAGAAGGGGGGCGUGGUGGAAAAGUUAGUGGAGGGAGUAAGUGGGCUCAUUUUGUAAAAACAAGGGAACAAUUGUCACAAGGAAGAGUCUGGUGGCAAAAAAAAAAAAAAAAUCAAAAUAUAUAUCUAGCUGUCUAUCUAGCUUUUAUAUGCAAUCUCAGAAUGUUAGUUUGUACUUUUAUAGUCUGACAGAGCCAUAUAUGACCAAGGUUGGGUUUGGAUCAUAAGCAAACGACAACAAACUCCGUUGUUAACCCACCCUGCUGAUAUGGGAGGAAUGUUCAUCAAUAAUCCUAUGUGUCUGUGAGUGUGUUUUGUGUGUCUGUGUGCAUUGCCUGUUAUGGUCCAUUGAUCACAACUGAUAAUGGACGUAUCUGGCACACUGCACCUUUGUGAUUGUGCAAUACCCAGACUUUAAACACAGGCUUAUACAUUAAAGUUUUAGAUAAUACUAUAUGUAAAAAUAACCUACAUCUUUUUGCCUGGUAUUUUAAGCUGUGUUUUUUUUUAUAUUUGCAAAACACAUGCUCAAACAAACUUUAGACUAUAGCAACACUACUACAGAUAGUGGAAUGUAUUCAGAGAGCAAAUUUGAUUCCCACGGUUAUGAGACCUAAGAGUUACUGCCCAUGAACACAUAAAGCACCUCACACAGGGCAACCAUAAUUAACUUUGCAAUAUGUCACCUCCUUGAGAAGAGUUGUAAAGCAGAAAAGGUCAUAAAACAAUGUGCCUGUUCAUUAUACCCAAGGUUUGAGAUUGUAUUCUGGGGUUGCUCAUAUAUGUGUUUCAGGUGACUGUGUGUUCAGGAUUACUCAAAGAUGCAGAUUUUUUGGCAUAGAAUUGUGUAAUUUUAUGAAUACAAAACAAACUAAGAGUGAUUGUUACUUUGAUGAAAGGCAAGCUGAGGUUUCUAUUAUGGAAAGUGCCAUUUCAUAAAAGUCUAUUAGGUGGACAAUACUCAAAGAGACUUCCAGUUUUCCUGCAGUAGUUUUACAGAAACUGGCACACCAGCUAUUAUGUAAUUCAAGUUCUCUCUCCAAGUGUGUAGUAAAUGUGUAACACAAGCGAUUUUCCUCCCUGACAUUCCCUCAUACCCCCCUCCUUAGCCCUCACUCCCCCUUGCUGAGUACCGCAGCCAAUCACACCUCAGCAGGGUCCCUCCCCUGCCCUGAUAAAUACUGUGGACCAGGGAGGGUCUGCCUGCCUGACUCUCCUCUCUUCAGCAGAGUCUCUCCUCCUCUCACACCACAUCUGUGACCAUGUCUGUCAGAGCUAUGAAGACCACCACCUUCUCCACUGUGUCCUCCAGGGGCCCCUCCCAGGGCUUCAGCAGCCGUUCCUUCUCCGGCUAUGGGGGCCAUGGAAUGGGAAGUGGCAGACAGAGCUACGCUGCCCGCAGCUCCUAUGGAGGAGUUGGCAGCAGUGGUGCAGCAGUGGGCGGAGGAGGGUUCAAAGUGGUCGGGGGUUAUGUUGCUGGUGGGUCUGGACAAAGAGGAGGUGGGGUAGAGUUUGGUUAUAUGGGCUUUGGUGGAGGUAUGGGGGGUGGUAUGUCCAACGACAUGGUGACCCCCAUCACUGCUGUGACUGUGAACAAGAGCCUGCUGGCCCCCCUGAACCUGGAGAUCGACCCCACCAUCCAGGUCAUCCGCACAGAGGAGAAGGAGCAGAUCAAGACCCUGAACAACCGCUUUGCCUCCUUCAUUGACAAGGUCAGUCACUUUAAGACUGGAGAUUCAAACACUGUUGCCCGCAGCUAAGAAUAAAAAGUGAAUUGACAGUAGAAUCCACAGCAUCAAAUGGGACAAGCAGGGUUUAUCUUUGUAAGAGUUAGUUCACAGUGUUCUUUUGGUUUCUGUAACGAGGGAUAAACCCACCAAUUUAAACACAGAGUACAAAAAUACUGCACAGGAAAUUAGCUCACUGCAAGCCAAAAUAGCUCUAGGUUAAAGAGAUCAGAAUUCACAACUGAGAGAAAUGAAAACUGUAGAUAUAACAACACACAAACUGCUUAUUACAGGUAUUCUAUACAAGAUACAGGUUGUUCUGAGUGAUGGCACAACUUCUGCACAUGUUUUCACUCAGGUAAGAUCACAGUGUUCAGACGAGAGGAUCAGCCUGGACACAGACGUUAUAGAGGGCUGGUACAAAGAGAACAGUUUUGUUUGAAGUGCUGAACCCCAGUGAUAGAGAUCCUGCAAAAAGUAGUUAUGAAAGCAGUCAGGUGUCCUCUUGCAUUCAGGUUUUGCAGUCCUAUGUUCAAUGUUGUUUUAGAUAUAUACAGUCUGCACAAACACUAAAGAGUGGGAGUGGUCGGGAAAGGUUUGCACAAGACAAGCUUGUUAAAUGCCAAGUGGAGUAGAUCACUAUCAAUCUGAGACUAUCGGUAAUGGACAAUAUCCUCUUUAUGAGGCUGUAAAAUAAUCAAGAAGCUAUUUUCCUGUCGGUGGUUUGAGUCAUUGUAAUGCAGCCCUUAUAUAAAAAACAGUGAAAUGUCUGAAAGAGCUCUCUUAUUGGACAGAAGCCUCCACUCCUCUCGACCUGAGAUUGAUCGGAUUCUUUACUUAGACUACAUCCUCACCUUCUCGUUUGAGGUGGCGCCCUGGAAGUUAAACUACUGAUCAAUCACACAGAUUGAACCAGAUUGUAAAACAAAGCUCUGCAUACCAUAGUUAUACGGCGCAUGCACAUCUACACGCACACACAUCUACAUGCAAAGUUGUAUCUCUCGUCAUGUUUGCAGAGUGUUCGCAGGACCCCACCCAGUGCCUGGACACUGAAUGGAGAAGCUGUAAAAUGAGCAAACUCUGUCACAAGUGGGAAACACUACCUCUUUGUGUUAGACCGAGGCACUGUGGGUUAGAAUUGAAUGAGGGGUAAUUGAUGUGAUUGAUUUAGUUUGUUGGAGGUGGGAGAGGCUCAGUUGGUCAUUUUUCUUGGAGUUGGUCCUCUGGUGGUUCUUUGGCCAUCAGCAAAGAAAGAUAACUCAUGCAUUCAUGUUCACUCCCACAUCAUUCAUUUUCAUGCGCUGUGUCCGCCAUCACACCACACACUUAACUCUCAUUGCAUUAUUUCAUCCUGAUCGUAUCACAGGGGCGUGUCAAUACUUUGAACAUGGGUGGCCCAGCUGGGGUGCUACAAGUGUGGGUGCACAUGCAUGCCUGAAACAGUGCUAUAGUCCAGUCUUUAGUCCUUGGUGUUAUAGUCUGAGUUCAAAUACAGUUCAAAAAUCACUGAAGAGGAAUCCCAGUUUGAGUCCAGUACUUAUGACAAAAACCAAACUGUGGCGCCUUUUUAAGCAGAUGCAGCAUUAACUGGCAGGUAUUGUUGCUGAAGUAGGUGGCAUGUGGGCUCGUUCUCCAACCAGAACCAAGUAUUGAGGCCUUGCUUAAAAAAUAGACAAAAUCAUUAUAAACCUUUGAAAUCUUUAAACAAAUGCGUCUUUGUCAUCCUCUUCAUCUUACAGGUCCAAAUGCAGCCAAUGCCUCAGACCAAGUCCAGGUCUGAGUCAUCGGUGCUUAAAUCCAGAAACUUGAGUACUGAAAGUAUGAAGUCCUAGACUCAAAUACACCAAAACAGGCAUGAAAAUGUAUGAAUAUAUAUUCCUUUGCAAUUUCGUCUCAACUAUUCAUGGAAAUGCCGACAAAAUGAAGAUAUUCUUCCAAUAUUGAUAACUGGCAAAAGAAAAUGAAAAAUAAAAUGACUCAAAGAUACCACCAGUCUGGUGCCCAAUCAUUAAGUUGACAUUCAGAUGGUCAAUGAUACUUUAUAUCUUGGGCGGUCAAGCAGUUCCUAAGAAGAGGUCCAUGCCACCCUCUGUGCUGACCCUUGUGUAUUUAUCCAUAUGUUAUUACACAAUGUCUGAGUCUCAAACCCGUUCUGUUUGCAGGUUCGCUUCCUUGAACAGCAGAAUAAAAUGCUUGAGACCAAGUGGAAACUCGUGCAGGAACAGACCACGUCCCGCUCCAACAUUGACGCCAUGUUUGAAGCCUACAUCGCCAACUUACGUAAGCAGCUUGACAACCUGGGUCACGAAAAAGUCAAACUUGAAUCUGAUCUGCAUCACACAACGGGUCUGGUUGAGGACUUCAAAAACAAGUAAGUGGAUAGAGGAUUUCAGCCUUUAGUGUUACCUUAUAACCCUCUAUUAAAACACCUAUAAUCAUACUUGUAUAUCAACACUGUUCAUUGAAAGGGUUUCUGGUUCUGACAAGCCCACACAGACUGCAGCUCUGGAUUGGCUGGUUCACUCUUAGUUCUCUCAUCAGUUGAUGUUACAGUUGCAGACAAAGAUAUUUUCAUUAAACAGUCAUUACAGUUUUGGAGCCAGUCAUCUACAGUUGACACGGACUGAGAUCUGUUCCUUUAGAUAAAGAUUACCACAGUAUAAAAACAUGUUUUAAGAUCUCUUAUCAAAUUUUAUACGCUACAGUUAAACUAAAACAGCCCUUUGAUUCAAGCCUCUGUAUUGUGAAUUUCUUCAAAGUAAAACGGUUCAAACAGACAGGACACAGGAGGGAUCACUGUAUUUGAGAACUCUGAAAGGUGGGCGUGUCCUGACACAACAAGGCUCCACCAAAGAAAAAGAAAGAGCCCUGGUGGUUUUAAUUUGCUUCAAGUGGUUAUCAAAACAGUCCGCUUUUGGAUGACGUUGAAAUAUGAAAUCUUAUUUGCUCAGUCUGCUGGAUUUGUACCAAGCGUGAUGCAAACAGGCAACCCUGAGAGCCUGAAUAACAAUAAUAUCACAAUGUUGAGUUUUACAGCCUGUUUCUGCUGUCGCCAAGUGGUAAAAAAAAAUUACUGCAGUUUUUGGCAAAAAGUGUAUAUUCACUGAUUAACUAUAACAGGAUGAUUACUAAGUCGUGCAUGUGUCGCAACAAUGAUAGCACACAUUACAAUUUGUUUAAGGUUUGUAAUUUUUCUGGAUCCACAGAAACAUGAGUGUUUUUUUUUUCUAUUUGUCUUUGCUUCCAGGUAUGAGGAUGAGAUCAAUAAGCGCAAUGAGUGUGAGAACAACUUUGUCCUUGCAAAGAAGGUCUGUUUAGCUUUUCUCAAAGUUUCUGAGCUUUUAAAAAUGGUCACCUUUCCAGCAGGUUUAGCUUACACAAUAUUUGUCUGCACUUGAGCCACCUGCAAAAUGUUUUUUUCUUUUUGUCCUCAUGUUGUCUUUUCCUGGUAGGACACUGAUGCAGCCUACAUGACCAAAGUGGAGCUGGAAGCCAAACUGGACGCGCUUUCUGAUGAGAUCGAAUUCCUGAGACAGAUCUAUGAAACAGUAAACACCAUAAUUUGCUCUUUCAUGGCACACAAAUGAAAAAUCGAUAAAGUUAUAUCAGUUUAGAACAAGGACAAUUUGACUAAAUGUUUUGAGGGUCCAUUUAUUCAUUCAGUGUUCUUGUAUCUGUCUUUAUAGGAAAUUCAGGAGCUGCAGGGCCAGAUCAAAGACACAUCUGUGGUGGUGGAGAUGGACAACAGCCGUAAUCUGGACAUGGACGCUAUUGUUGCCGAAGUGCGCGCUCAGUAUGAAGACAUCGCCAACCGGAGCAGAGCUGAGGCAGAGUCAUGGUACCAGACCAAGGUGAGAGCACUCUCUCACUGUGUGUUGUCAUAAAUCAAAACCUUAAUUGGCUUUUGUUCUGAUGGUUCGAUUCACGGUCCUGCAGUCAAUGGCCAAGACACUCAACUCAAAAAUAACUCUCCAUGUGGUUGUAUCAGAGGUGUGUUAAUGGGAUUACCUCAAUACUUUCUGUUGGCCUUACAAAGCACUCUCUGCUAUCAAUGUAUGAAUGUGGCAUGUAGCACUUUAAGUGAUCAAAAUACUGAAAAAGAUGCAAUACACAGCCCAUUUUCCAUCAAACUGAUACACAUAACCUGUUUGGACAGUCUCCUCAGUUGACCUCCUCUUACUGAACAUUUAAAACCGACUGCCUCCCCUUCAGUCGUGCAUGUUUCCCUUAGAUGACUUGGGUUAAAGGAGUUCAAAACACAUAUGGGGACUCUACUUAUCUUGUCUUUUCACACUUCGUCUCAGCAUUACCUCAGUAACCUCAGUUUGGUAAUUCACCUCCAUAGCAAUUCUUUAAAUAUCCCAGUGUGCAAACAUGUCGCACUGUGAAUCUGUCGUUUGCAAGUCAUGUUACAGUUGCUAUUUUUCUCUGAAUGCUGUUGGCAAAUUUAACAAAAAAUGAAAAAUCUCCUAAAACACUGGCUUACAUAAAAGCUACACUGUAUGUUGACAUGUUUUAAAGUGACAAAAAAUGUCUCGUCCCUGUCUAUCCCAGUAUGCAGAGAUGCAGCAGUCAGCAGGAAGAUUUGGUGAUGACCUGAAAUCAACCAAGGCUGAGAUCGCCGACAUGAACCGCAGGAUAUUGAGGCUCCAGUCCGAGAUCGACAUUGUGAAAUCACAGGUUGGCACAACACAUUUCAGUCUUGUAUUUUAAGUCAUAUGGUUGCCUUAAUAUUUUUGAGUACAUGACUCAAUCAGGAAGCAGGACCGUACUCUGUGAAACUAUCAAAUACUUGUGGAACACUUUGAUUUUUUGUCAUUGUAUUGCAGCCCUUAUAUAAAAAAGCCCUCAUAUUUUUUUUGUCUUUCUUUACUCUCAGCGAAACAGUCUUGAGGCUCAGAUCGCAGAGGCAGAGGAACGAGGCGAGCUGGCAGUGAAGGAUGCAAGACUUCGUAUCAGAGAUCUGGAGGAAGCUCUGCAGAGAGCCAAGCAGGACAUGGCCAUGCAGGUCCGCCAGUACCAGGAACUGAUGAAUGUAAAACUUGCUCUGGAUAUCGAGAUUGCCACCUACAGGAAACUUCUGGAGGGCGAGGAGGACAGGUUAGAUUUGACCUUGAAAUGUCUCAAGUUGCAAACUCUUUUUAGCAGGCACGUCAUUCUGUAAAACUUAUGCUUGUCUGCUUGUUUUAUAUCUGUGUAAUUACAGGCUAGCAACAGGAAUCAAGACCACUGUGUCCAAGUCGACAUGUAAGUUCAUAUUUCACCCAAGAGUCAAUAUUCAAACUGUUUCACUUUCUUGUCUUAUUAUGGUAUCAACACAUGAAAAAGUAUCUGAAAAUAAGUGAUAAAGGAUCAAAUGUUUGGCAUAACAGUAUAAUUAAUAAGGUCCUAGGACAACAAAAACUGUAAAACUACAAAAACUGCCAUAUGAUUUAUACAUAUAUAUCUUCAUUAAACAGUUCACUAAUAUACAGCUUAAUCAAGUUUACUUGCACGCUCCUUAUUUCUGAUGAAAACUUGAUUUAGCAGCGUAACAAAGCUCAAAAGCAGUUUUCCCUAAAUUUUUCUAUCACAUAUAUCUUGAUUAAACUCCUAUUUCCACUUAUCUUUAGGCUGAUAUAAUUGUUCCAUUGUCUUUAAUUCAUAAAUAAUGCAUUACGGCACAUUUUCAAACACUGAAUGAGGAAAAACAAGGGAAUCAAGCAGGGUAUAUGGCACAGUGCGAGAGUGGUGAUGUUGAUCAGGAUGCCAAGGCGGUGAGAUAAGGAUUCUAAUCUGCAUUACCGCCUGUUCACCAUAUAAUAUUCAGCUUUUAAACCCACUGUGAACCAAAAGUAUAAUCGAGUGGAUGAAAAUUUUUGAUUUAGGAUGAUUUCUAAAAUCUAAAGUAACAAUUUAAUGUUUUUUUUGGCAACAUAUUCUUGAGAGCUUCCUUGCAAAAGAAAGAAAAGAUGUAAUUUUAGUCAGCAGGGCUGCAUAACUCUGGUCACCAGAGUGUCAAAGGACGCUUUGCAAAGACUAUUAGACAAGGCAAGCAGGCUGGGGGACAGAUUAUUAAUGUAACUACAACUGGGGGUGGGGGGGAAUAACAAUAACUUCAGACUUGGAAAUAUUGAUUUCAGUCAAACAGGACAUGAUGUGAGACACAUCAGACAUAGAGAUUAAUGUCAUCUGCAUAGCAGUGAAAGUCUAUGUCAUGCCUUUGCAGGAUUUGCCCCAGGGGAAUCACGUUUACAGUAGGUUAAAGGGGACCCAAGAAAGACCCCUGGGGCACCCCAAAUGAAAGAGCAAAAGAUAUGAUCUGUGCAAUCAGGUUGUCCAGGUUAUAAUGGGAUUUUGAUCAAUCAGAAUUUAGUUUUUAAAAAAACCUUGUAAUAGCUUGUGUUAUAUUCUAUUGUAUACAUUAUUCUGAAAGCCAUCAGUUCUAUCUGAUGGGUGUUUGCAAAGUAAAUUAAUCCAGUAAAAUUUGUUCCACGAUUGCAGUUAUAAAAGAUAUCCAGAUAUCUUAAAAAGAUUUGUAGAUUCAAUUUUAAUCCAGCCUCUUUCUUUAUAGCUAUCCCAACUAUGUUUAACAAAAACUUUCUACUUCUGAACAUGCAGCCAUGAACUACAGCGCCUAUGGCCUGGAGAGCUCUCGCGUCCCGUCCUACGUCAGCAGCUCUUUCAGUGGAGGCAGGGCCAGCAGUGGCUCCGUCGCAGCCCUAGAGGGAGCCACAGUGAAGAGCACCACAGUCACCAAGACAGAAACUGUGGUGGUGAAGAGUGAGGAGAAGAUAAAGGAAGAAGAGAAGGUGGAAGAGGUGGUGGAGGAGAAGCAGGAGCAGCCUGCGGUAGCAGAUGAGGAGCCAGCAGCUGAGGAGGAGGAGGAGAAGGAGGAGGAGCAGAUGGAGGCAGAAGCUGAGGCUGAGGAUUGAUAAUUCCCACAUCUCAUCAGAUUUACAAUUUUGGUCUUGAAGGUUGAGAAAAAGUACACCUUCCCUGCUUUUCUCUAUUACUUUAAAGAUUUGUUUAACUUUUAUUCAACAUGUUUCUGCUGUACGAGAUGUAAACACAUCUUUCCUUCAGAUAUCCCUAAUAAAAAGGUGCUAAUGAAUGGGUCUAUGUUGAAUGAAUGUGUUUGCAUGUUUCCGGAGAACUUGCAGUUUGAUGAGUUCUUUCACUCUGCGACUACUGCACCGCAAUCUGUUAGCCAGCAGGUGGCACUGUUCUCCAAGUUUUUUCGCUACUGCUGAGUCUUGUUUGACCAACUUGAAGCACUGCUGUCACAUUAUCCUGUACUUCACAAUAAAAUCAUAAUCAAUGAAAAGAAAUAUCUAAAUGCUGAACUCCUUGUGCGAAAUCUGUUUCACAAAAACGGUUGAGGAAGAUAAAAUCUGGUCACUUACGUCCUCAUAACUUUUAUGAGGUAAUCACUUCUGGUGCACUGCCUGCAGUCCUGUUUGCUUGACAAUAAAACUUUUUUCAAAAUGUGA